CCUUCUCUCUUUCUCAUUAAUCACUCAAAUAACCUCUCUCAAAACUGAUGGAUCUCAACAUGAGAAAAGAUUUACUCACAUUUGCUCUAUGGGAAUAUUUGCCUUGCCAUUAUUCCCCAAAAUGUGAUGUCUCAAAAUGUAGCUAGUAUUGUUACACCGGGAUUUUUUGAUGGGAUAAAGAAUCAAGCUGCUGCAAGCUGUGCUGGAAAGAGCUUCUACACAAGAGAUGGAUUUCUUAAGGCUGCCAGUUCGUUUCCUAAAUUUGGAUCAGGCUCCGCUGUUGAAUCCAAGCGUGAGAUUGCAUUUUUUGCUCAUACUUAUGCUACACUGAAGAAAUUGACAAUUCAAAUGCCUACUGUGACCAUCAACAAACAGUAUCCAUGUGUCGCCGGAAAGAAAUACUACGGCCGUGGACCAAUGCAGCUCACCUGGAACUCAAACUCGGAGCUUGCGGAAAAGCUCUGUCUCCUUCAAGCUGCCUUGUGGUUCUGGAUGAACAACGUUCACUCAGUUAUGAACCAGGGCUUUGGAGCUACUCAGAAAAUUAACGGCGCUCUUGAAUGCGGUGGCAAGCAACCUGAUAAGGUUAACGCUCGUAUCGGAUAUUACAGAGAUUAUUGCAAGAAGUUCGUGUGUGAUCCUGGCCAGAAUCUGUCAUGCUAGAGAUGCUUAAUUUCAGAACUUUUAUAGUUAAUUAUUAUAAGUUGGUGAUGAAACAAGUACUUGUUUCAUAAAGAGUUGUUUUAUAAAACAACUUAUUUGAGUACGUAUCUGUUGGAGU